AUUUAAAGUUCGACUAAGCAAACGGAAACGCUUCAAAACACCCGCUUUUUGGGUCUCUGCUUCAACUUCCCCGGAAAUUCAGCAAUUUUCUAACCGUUCGUGAUCCAGUCCCUGUAAAUCACUGACAAUUCAGGGGUUUGCACAUCGUCAUUUGCUGGAAACAGACCUACUAUUCAGGUUUUGCACGCAAAGUAUCAUCAUGGUGUCGUUCUUUUGCCGGUUUUUGAAUGUACUCUCUUCACGAGGACAUAGCCAGAGAGCUAUAUAAAGUCGCUCAAUUGUCCUUCAAUCAUCUCUAUCAUCAUCAGCAGCAAUCAGCAAACAUCACUCUACUAUCAAUCCUCAAUUCAAUCCAAAUCCCCAUACCUCAACCAUCAUCAUGAAGCUCUCCAUCGUCUCCAUCCUCACCCUCGGCCUCGCCGCCGGCUCCCUCGCUGCGCCCACCGCGGUUCAGGAGCGCGACCUCCCCACCGUCACCGGCGUCCUCUCCAGCAUCGGCACCAAGGUCGACGCCCUGGGCUCUGCCAUCCAAGCUUACAACGGUGGCGACGUCGCCAAGGUCCAGCAAGCCUCCGACACUCUCGUGACGGCCAUCAACAACGGCAACACCAAGGUCAGCAGCACGGCCGCCCUUAGCAGCGGCGACGCGCUGGGACUCCCCGGCCCCGUCAACGACCUCAAGGACAAGAUCACCGCCGUUAUUAACAAGCUCGACGACAAGAAGAGUCUCAUCGUCAAGGCCGGCAAGGGCACGCAGACCUACAACGACCUGACCCAGCAGAAGGCUGCCGCCAAGAAGCUGUCCGACACGAUCGUCUCUAAGGUCCCGGAGAACCUCCAGAGCCUGGCUGGCUCCAUUGCUGGCGGUAUCUCUGACGCCAUCGACACCGGUGUGAAGGACUUUGCCGAUCAGGCCCCCAAGGGCUCUAAGCGUGAGGAGGCGGCCCCUCUUGUUGAUGCUGCUAUUGCGGUUUAGGAAGAUGCUUUGAAGAAGGGGUGUGGAUCUGCUGCGCAGGUUAUACACAUUUGUUUGUGGUCUCGCUGGAUACUUUUGAAGUUAUCGGGAUAGCUAUUGUGUGCGGAGGAUCAGUGUGAAGUAGUGGAUGAUUUAUAGUCGAAU